AUGUUUGUCAAAAAAAGGCCAGAUCUUCUUAAUGAUAUCGCCGACUGUAGCGAGGUAAACCCAGCAUACACAUCCGGUAUCUACACCAUUAAGCUGACCUCGGGAUUGAGUUACAACGUGUACUGUGACAUGGACACCGAGGAAGGACCUUGGACCGUAAUACAAAACAGACAGGAUGGACAGGAGGAUUUCUUCAGAAAUUGGGCUGACUACAAGAAUGGUUUCGGAGACUGGAAGGGAAACUUUUGGUCAGGGCUUGAGAUAAUCCACCUUCUCACCCAACGGACAUCCGUCCUACGUAUCGAGUUGGUCUCAUGGUACGGCGAUGUUGCUUAUGCCCAAUACUCAUCGUUUAGAAUUGCAAACGAGUCAACAGAGUAUCAGAUCUCCGUAUCCGGAUUUUCAGGCAACGCUUCAUAUGACGCAAUGGCUUUCCACAACGGAUUACCUUUCACUACCUAUGACAAUGAAAACAGCUUCACCGGUAGAUGUGCUGAGGAUGCGUCAGGCGCUUGGUGGUACAAAGGUUGUCUCGACAGUAAUCUGAAUGGGCUGUACAUUCAAGAUACUGGUGUGGAUAUUUAUCAAUCAAUGGUGUGGUGUAAAUUCUACUCCGACCGUGACUACGUACCUAUGAUGAAAACAAGAAUGCUUGUGAAACUCUCAGGUGUUUAGAUUGCCAGCAGUUGUACAUAUAUAAAGAUAUAUACAGACUUUAUUUUAUGUUACAACAAUUAUGAAACAAGUUAUUUCGACUUCAAUUGGAGUACCCGGAGACAACUUACACGGUCGGGCAUGUGAACCCAUACAUUUCACGUCCGACCGGGAAUCGAACCCCGGCCGCCUUGGUGAAAGGCAAGUGCGUUAUCCAAUGCGUCACCCGAUUACCCAUGAUUUACAUUUACAUUUGUAUAUUAUACCGUAUUGUUCUAUUAAACUGUGAACUAGUAUACUAGUAACUUUACCAAAUAAUAUCAUAAAAACGAUAAUACUCGUUUAUCGAUAGAAUGUUCUGCUUACACUAAGAAAGGGUCGGUACAUUACGGAAGAACUAGCCUGACGUUGUAUGUCACUGCAUGAUCUGAAACAAGAGCAAAACUCGAACUGAUGCCCUCGUUUUAACAUUUGACAACCAUUUGUUUCCUGAUUGUUUCUUCAGUUUGAUAUUUCUUUUGAUAU